AUAAAAUACAGAGUGAAAUAAAAGAAAGGAAAUACAAAAAUCUUUGAGCCGUAAUAUAUUAGCUACUAGAGCUGAGAAAAUGUAUAUAAUGGCUUCCAGUAGUAGUGUAUGGAUGUGGAGUCCUCUGGUUUUGGUUUUAGUGAGUGCAGUUUUUGUUAGUGUAGUUGAUGCUCGGACACCUAAAAUCUAUAAUGUGCAGAGUUUUGGUGCUCUUCCAAACGGCAAAACUGACAGCAGUGAGGCAUUGCUUGCAGCAUGGGGCCUCGCAUGCAAAGAUAGCGGUAGUACAGUGGUGUUCCCGAAUAGUGGCAAAUUCUUAUUGGACCCGGUGACGCUGAACGGCCCAUGUGUUGGCCCAAUAACACUUCAAGUGGACGGCGUUUUGAAGGCUCCCAAGAAGACUUUUCUAACAGAAGAGCAGUGGAUACUCUUUAACAAUCUACGCAAUCUAACGGUGGGCGGUCACGGCGGCACUUUUGACGGC